AUGAUGUCAAGAGUCGGAGUCAGAAGUUUGAUUAAGCCACUGAGAAUUAGCUCCAGGGCAAUCCAGACUAUCCCACAGCCUCCUGGAUACAUUGUCGGUACUGUCAACGAUGCUUACGUCCCUCCGAAGCCACAUAAAACUCAUGGCUCCUAUCACUGGGUCACUGAGAAGGUCAUCGCCGUUGGAUUGGUUCCUUUAGUUGUUACACCAUUUGUCACUGGAGUGUCUACUCCUGUCUUGGACUCUCUUUUGGCUGGAUCUUUACUGAUACACUGUUAUGCUGGUUUCCAGUCUUGUAUCAUUGAUUAUAUUCCUCUGCGAGUGUACGGUAAGUUCCACCACUAUGCCAUGUAUCUCCUAGGAUUAGGAACUGCAUUUGCAGGUUACGGAAUCUACCAGAUUGAGAAGAAGGAGAAGGAUGGUUUGGUUGGUAUUAUCAAGAGACUAUGGAAAGCUUAG